AUGUCAAACACAUUGAGCAGCCAGGUGUUCGAUAGGAUUUCAAAAUUGACAAAUACUUUAAAAUUGGAAACAGUAGAGCUCGUAAACAAGGCGAGCGACCCUAAGAAGGAUGAAGCUGAAGAUUCUACUUCAGACGAUUCAGUUAUUUUGAUAGAAUCACCUGUGGAUGUAGAAAAUAAUUCAUUUAUUAAGCUGAUUAGGGAAAGGCAGGAUUCUUUGAAGGCGUUCGACCAGGAGCUGAGGCAAAACUAUGAACGAAGCUGUUCAAGUGUGACCUUAGAGGAUUUAGUAAGCAUCGCAGCGUCGCUACACGGGAGCAUCGACUACGCAAUGGAAUGCAUCUGCAAUAAGAUGGGCAUGGAGAAGGAGGAGCUGGAAGGGUUUAAGUCGCCACUCGAUGACUCGAUUCCAGUUUCUCUUUUCAAGUCGAACAUAAAACAGAAGUAUCUGAACGCUGUGUACGAUAGUGUGAACGACCCGGAGAAUGCGGAUUUGAAUCGCAAUGGCGAGGCUCAUCACAACAACCCUUGUAAUGAAAGGGAUAAGCCCAGUGGAGCAGAGAUUGCACAAGCUGGUGUACAUUCUAGUUCCGCUGAAACCUUUAAGGAAGUACACAACUUCCCUGCUAACGCUGCUCCUAGUAGACCUGAAAAGGCCAGAAAGGUCGACGUAGCUGAUUUAAAUAACCUAUCCUUGUCUGAGGAGACAAGGAAACUCCUGGGACUAGAAUAG